AUGAAGCCAUACAUGCCCACGGUACUGAGAGCCCCGAGGGUGGUGGCCAUCCUGGCCGUCGUCCUGGCGGCGGCGCUCGCCACAGCCGUGAACGCCCAGCAGUGCGGCUCCCAGGCUGGCGGCGCGAGGUGCGCAAACUGUCUCUGCUGCAGCCAAUUCGGGUACUGUGGCAGCGGCGACGCCUACUGCGGCGCCGGCUGCCAGAGCCAGUGCAGCGGCUGCGGCCCCACCCCUCCCGGCCCCAGCCCCGGCGGGGGCGUGUCGUCCAUUCUGUCCAGGGACCUCUUCGACCGGCUCCUCCUCCACCGCAACGACUGCCAAGAGGCCCGCGGGUUCUACACAUACGGCGCCUUCCUCGCCGCCGCCGCCGCGUUCCCGUCAUUUGGCACCACGGGGAGCACGGAGACGCGGAAGCGGGAGGUGGCGGCCUUCCUCGGGCAGACCUCCCACGAGACCACCGGCGGGUGGCCCGCGGCGCCAGACGGACCGUACGCCUGGGGCUACUGCUUCAAGCAGGAGCAGGGCUCGCCGGGAAGCUACUGUGACCCAAAGCCGGAGUGGCCGUGCGCGUCGGGCAAGAAAUACUACGGGCGCGGCCCCAUCCAGCUCUCAUGGAACUACAACUACGGCCAAGCAGGCCGCGCAAUCGGGGUGGACCUGCUGAACAACCCGGACCUGGUGGCGACAGACCCAACGGUGUCGUUCAAGACCGCGUUGUGGUUCUGGAUGACGGCACAAGAUAACAAGCCGGCGUCUCAUGCUGUGAUCACGGGUCAGUGGACGCCGUCGGCCGCCGACAACACCGCCGGCCGGUCGCCUGGCUACGGUGUCAUCACCAACAUCAUCAACGGUGGGAUCGAGUGCGGUAGGGGGCAGGAUGACCGUGUUGCUAACCGGAUCGGCUUCUACAAGCGCUACUGCGAUGUCCUCGGCGUUGGCUAUGGUAACAACCUCGACUGUUAUAACCAGAGGCCCUUCAACAGUGGGCUCUCGGUGGGGCUUGCGGUACAGUGA